CCGCCACACACUCGUAUCUGCUACGUGGCCUCAUGAUUUCUACCGGAGCCUUUUACCCAUUCCUCUCUCUUCUUACCUACAGAUUUGCCCAAGUGGAUUGUUGUUAGUUCAUUAUCUGGAAGACGGAGGUCGCAGGAUGGACGCGGAGCUGAGUGCUGACAGCGCCCGCAGAAAGAUGGAGGCGCCGGGCGAGGCGCUGGAGAUCGUGCCGCUGGAGAUGUACGAUUCUGCCCGAGCGAAGAUAGCGGCGAAUCUACGAUGGCUGUUCGCGAAAGCCUUCGGUAUCGAUCACAUCCCAGAGGACCUGCGAGACCCUUUCUACACGGACCAGUAUGACCAGGAGCACAUUAAACCCCCAGUGAUCCAGUUACUGCUGUCCUGUGAGAUGUACUGUCGCGUGUGUGCUCUCAUUCUUAAAGGAGACCAGGUGGCCUCUCUGCAGUCCCACCAGUCUGUCAUCCAGUCCUUGUCUCGCAAAGGCAUCUAUGUAAUGGAGGGUGAUGGCACGCCUGUCACAGACUCAGAUCUGACAUGCCAGCCAAUUAAAAUGAGUUCCCACAUCCCCAUGAUCGAUGCUUUGAUGAUGGCCUACACCGUGGAGAUGAUCAGCAUUGAGAAGGUUGUGACCUGUGUGAAGCGUUUCUCCACAUUCAGUGCCUCCAAGGAGCUCCCCUUUGACCUUGAGGAUGCUAUGGUCUUCUGGAUCAAUAAGGUGAAUCAAAAAAUGAGGGAGAUCACAGAGAAGGAACACAAAUCAAAGCAGCAUCUACUAGAAUCUCCAAGUCACCAAAAGUCUCCCUCAAAAUGGUAUUGGAAACUAGUACCUGUACGGUAUCGGCGGGAUCAUGCCUCGGGUAGACCACUACCGUACUUCCCCCUGCUGGAGGACCUGAUCAGGGACGUGUGUGACGGUGCUGCACUGCUGACAGUGGUCCAUUACUAUUGCCCAGACCUGAUGAAGCUUGAUGAUAUCUGCUUGAAAGAGGUGACCUCAAUAGCAGACAGCCUUUAUAAUGUCCAGCUGCUAAAAGAGUUUGCCAAUGAGUACCUUCACAAAAGCUUCUAUUUGACUCUGGAGGACAUGUUGUAUGCACCUCCUGUGCUCAAGCACAAUGUCGUGGUGUUUAUUGCAGAGCUUUUCUGGUGGUUUGAGAUUGUCAAACCUGAAUUUGUCCGUCCAAGGGACUUUCAGGAAUUUAAAGAUGCACAAGCAAUCACUCAGCCCAAGAGUGCCAGGCCAACUGUGCCAAUAUCCAAUGCCACCAAACGGAGCUUCCUGGUGUCUCCUGGUGUGGCUGAUCCAGCUCUUCCUGUACAGAACAGCCCAGAAGUUUGUAACAGGUACUUCCUGCACCCUGAAGAAUCUGAGCCUCUUAAUAAGGGGAGUUCCAGCUUCAGCCCGCCUCAUCCACUCCUGCCUCUGAGGCAAAGACAGAAGAAGGUUCAGCCAGGAGAGGAAAGCACAGCCUGUAGAAAUCGCUCCAGUUCUUUGACACAAGAAGGUCACUCGAGAGGAUCUGUGGCUUGGUCAGAUAAAAGGCAGAGGCCACUGUCUCAGCUGAAUCGGUAUGUUCUCAUGGACAGUGAUGCAGACUUGGCCUCGGGUGACAGCGUUAGUUUGGCCUGCUCUAUCAGUGAGGACAGUCUGGCCUCCACUGUCACACCCAAACACCAGAUCCAUCCGAGUCAGAGCACUACUAGAUGGGUCAAUGGACAUGGUCUGCUGGGCAACGUUAAUAUGGAUGAGGAGGAUGAGCUGGUAACCAUUGCCAGGGCAGAUUCAUCUAAGAAUGGCAACACCCUUCCAAACUCUGAGGACACAGAGUGCCAGAGUGCUACCCCUGGUGCUAAAACAAAAACUUGGGGGCGGCAGCAGGAAGCAACCUCUGAUUCCCGAACAUCCAGUUUCUAUUUGGAACCACUGAUGCCUGCAGUUCUGAGACCAGCCAAAGAGAAGUCCAUAUGCCUGAAUAAGGAAGAAGAAUUUGGGGAGGGACGACAGAGAGGAUCAGCACGGAGACCUGUGGGAGGAGAUGGCCUCAAUUCAUCCUCCAGACGGAGAACUCCAAACACCCUUAACCGAACCUUUACCCCUAACACUAGCUCAGAGUUUGAUUCAACUAUUGAGCCCAAAUCAAGUGAAUUUGUGCCUCCAGCCACUGAGCAAACACAAACUUUCAGACCAUUGGCGACAAGUAGCAUAGAGCCGUCUUCACCUGGGUUUUACCUUCAUUCGUCUGUGCCUGAGGACAAGAGGCCUGUCCAAGCUUGGGAUAUACAGCCAGAAACUGACAUAGAGACUGUGGAGACGAUUGAAGAACAGGAUGCAGAGCUUACUAAAGAGCUCCAUCUGGACAAGAAACAAUUCUAUGAGGAGGAUGAGGAGUCUGCCAAACUACGAGAGGACAUGAAUGUAAAGGAACAUGAGGAUAAGGAUGGUGAAAGCAGGUGUUCGAGCCCAGGUCAGCACUCCCAAAUCAGUAGCGUUGCCAGUGGCAGCAUACAUAUGACCAGUUUUGCAGAGCGAAAGAUGCAGAUGUUUGGUAGCAACCAAGACAUCCGCUCCAGCACCAAUAGCUCACAGCGGACCACACCAGAUGGCUCUGAGAGUUCCCCCUUUCCUCUCACUUCAUGGAAAAUGAAGAGAGACCAGAGUCCAAAUCAACAGAACAAGGAGAGUGCCAACAUGCUGGCCUCUGAACUUGUCCAACUCCAUAUGCAGCUUGAAGAAAAGCGACGUGCAAUUGAAAGCCAAAAGAAGAAGAUGGAGGUCUUAAUGGCCAGACAAAGGCUAAAGCUUGGGAAAGCAGCUUUCCUGCAAAUAGUGAAGAAAGGGAAGAGUGACACUCUCCCGCAGCCUACAAAAGCGGAGUACUACUUGAAAGAUGGUCAAAAACUCAAUCAAGAAAAAGAAAAGUCAUCAAAAGAUGACUCCUGUGUCAAUGAUUUGAGAGAUGGGGCAAAAGUGUCUGGAGAACCAGAGAAGGCUUCUAUUGAGUGGGCACAUGGGGGGACUGUGUCUCCUAGUGCCUUAGAUAUUGAUGAGGAGAUAGAUCUUAAUGAGUGCAACCGCUCCAUUGAGUUGCUAAAUGAGGCCAUAGGUAGCAUUCAGCAGCAGAUGAUGCAACUUUCGCUCCAGCAGGAACUGCUCAUGAAGCAGAAUCACCGGUCUCCAACAGGUGCCGCUCCACCACCUAGCAGUGACCAAAGUAAUACAUCUGAACCCAGAGUCAGAGCUUCUGUACAUUACGUUGACCCAAGUGGCAGCCCUGUGGUGCGAAAGCCACUCAAACUGAGUUCAGCACGUCCCCGUUCCAAACCUUCUGAACUGUUGCUAGUUAAGGAACAAGGCAAAGGGCAGAAGAGCUCCACUCCUACGCCUACUGACGGCCAAGCCAGGCCCAGUCAAGGGGGCAGGACCCCUAAAGAAGAGCCUGAGGACUCUGUGCAAAGUUCUGUAAGAUUUGACACACUCAACAAAUACAAAGGGAAUCAGAAAAGCACUACAUUCCACCUUAAUGAUGAAGCUAAUUUGAGGACAGUGUCAAUGGAACCAAUUUCUGCAGCCCUGGGUGUCACUUUUGAUGACUCUAUGUCUGGUACCUCGCAGGACCCUGCAGCUACAUUUGAAGAUGGACCAGGGAAGGAUGUCUCCUCAGAGGACAUUUCUAGAGGAAAGGUCAAUCUUGUUGAAGUGGACUUGUCUGACUUGGCUGCCAACCCAGAUGAUGAAAGUUCCAAUGUAUUGGAUGUCACUACUGAUGGAGCUGAUGGGGAAAAGAAAUCUGCCAUGGGCUUCUUUUUAAAGGAUGAGCAAAAAGCAGAGGAUGAAUUGGCAAAAAAGCGUGCAGCAUUUCUGCUGAAACAACAAAAGAAGGCAGAGGAGGCUCGGCUCCGCAAACAACAGCUGGAGGCUGAAAGUGAGCUGAAGAGAGAUGAAACCAGACGGAAAGCCGAAGAGGAAAGAAUGAGAAAAGAGGAGGAGAAAACCAGGAGAGAGUUGAUAAAGCAGGAAUAUCUCCGAAGGAAACAGCAAGAGAUAUUUGAGGAGCAAGAACAGCCCAAACCUAAGACCACCAAGCCCAAAAAGCAAAGGCCUAAGUCUGUGCUAAAGGAGGAGCCCUCAAUUAGCAUACUUCCCAAGUGCCCCGCUGCCAAUGACAACCUUAACAGGGUCCAGUCUGGCUCGAGUCUGUCACUGGCCUCUGUAGCCACUACUGAACCAGACAGUGUCAACUCAGGAGGGGCUGGAUCUCAACGAGAGGAAUCAGUAGAGUCAUUUCCUGGCCUCAGUCGCAAUUCCAGUCGAACUACAGAGAGAGACUGGGACAACGGUUCCACAGCGUCUUCCAUUACAUCAACAUCCAUGGCAGAAUAUACGGGACCAAAGCUUUUCAAGGAGCCAAGUGCAAAAUCCAACAAGCCGAUAAUCCACAAUGCACUCUCUCAUUGCUGCUUAGCAGGGAAAGUAAAUGAACCACAGAAAAACUCUAUUCUUGAGGAGCUUGAGAAGUGUGAAUCCAACCACUUGAUGAUUCUAUUCCGUGACAGCGGCUGCCAGUUCAGGGCCCUUUACUCCUACUUCCCAGACACUGAGGAGAUCCACAAGCUCACUGGUACAGGGCCCAAGACGAUCAAUAAAAAGAUGAUUGACAAACUCUAUAAGUACAGCUCAGACCGCAAGCAGUUCACUGUAAUCCCUGCCAAGACUGUGUCUGUCAGUGUAGACGCGCUGACUAUCCAUAACCACCUGUGGCAAGCCAAAAGACCUGCAGUGCCAAAGAAGAGUGGAAAGUGAGGUCAGAUUGCACUUUGGUUCUGUUGGUUUUGGGCAUAUACAGUGAACACAAACUUGCAAUGAGGCCUGCUCGAAGAGACCGUCUGGACAAGCAGACAAUUAAGCCUUCACGCACUCCAUUUGAAUGUGUUUUGGGUUGAAGUAGUCCUUUACCUACAAUCUCUGGUAUUUUUACAUGAUUCAUUUUUAGUUUUUAAGUAUUUAUUGGUUAGGCACUGAUUGGCUCAUUUUACUGAAGAGCUUCCUGUGAUUAUUUUAAUCCAUCUUUUUAAGUUAGAGAUGCACGUUUUUGUUUGUAAAUCUGCUGCCGCUGAGGACUGCCAGUACUCAAAUUAAUGUAAAAACACAGCUGACUUGCGUCUCAACCAAACGUUCUUUUUGUUUUUGCCUGUGAAACAUGCUGCUCUGAACUGUCUACUUAGUUGUCAUUGGGACAAUCCAUGGUAUGUGUGCUUUUAGCCUUCAUGUGUUGUGGUACUACAAACGCUAUUUAUACAGUGCUUUAAAAAGGCAAAUUGGCUGUAGCCCAGUUUUUGAAACUUGAUUGUCCUUCAUAGGGAAUCAAACAGACCUUGAUGCACAUCAAAUGCAGUUCUCUUCUGUUCUGCUGUUUGCAGUUGUGACGUCCACUGGACAGUCUGUACUAUGGUGCACUUAUGAUCAUGUUUUAGUGCUUUUUAUUAUCAUGCAAUGUAUCCAUGUUGAUGCAGGCACUGGAGCUUUCUCUUGCAGAACAACAGCAUGCUCUGUUAUGAAGAGUGUCGCUGUAAACGAUUUGACAGUAUUUAAUAUAUUCAUAAUCAGUUACUUCCUUUGCAGUCGCUGUCUAAUUAUUUACCAAGGCUGAAAACAUUCCUCAAGUGAAAGUGUCAACACUGCCGACAACCAUGUUUCUCUACAUGUUCGAUAACACUCACAGAAGCCUCGUGUUUGGUGUCGAGAUAAAUUGAGCGCUGCACAUGCACUUUAUUAUUUAGCUUAUUAAGGUGUUUGGAUAGGGGUCACAAUUUUAAAGGGCUUUACUAAACACUUUUGCUCCAUUUUGUUGAAGAUUCCUUGUUGAAAGGUACUCUGAUACACACUUAGAAAAAUCUCUUUGCAAACAUUAUUAACAAAGAGCAAAUUCCCUUAAACUACUGUUUCCAAAUAAUAGAUGUCAAGUCUACAAGUUGCUACAUUUACAUUGCGGUUUUGUAUAUUAUGUGUUUUUAUAUGAACUAAAAGAUUGUAUUGAUGUUGGUCACUUCCUUUCUUUUUUUUAAACACUACUACUCAUUCUUGAUCAUUUUUGCUUCCUUUAUCAUACCAUUAUUUAUUUUAAAUAAGACUCUGAGAAUGAAUAAACACU